UUGAAGCAGAGCAUGUGAAAGCAUCCCACUUCCACCACCUACCCGCUACUUUCCCUUCACCAUCCCUCUCCUUUCCCCCGCUCCGUCCGCUCUCCUCCGUAUGCGAUGCAAUCUAUAUCGAGCAAAACAGAGUGAGUGAAGCUGUCGAGUUCUUGCGCUUCACUUUCGCUUCGCGGUCGUAUUCCCCCCAUAGUAAAAGAAAGGGGUUGGGAGGAGUUAGAGGGAAAUCUCCACGCCCUAAUGGCCAAAUCCCCCGACGACGGUGGCCGGACGAACCUGGCUUCCUGCCUGGUAGCGACGGCCUUCCUCCUCCUCGUCGUGGCCGCCGUCGCCGCCGCGCUUUUCGUCCUCUUCCGGCCACGCGACCCCGAGAUCCAGGUCUCUGCCGUCCGGCUCCCGGGCUUCGCCGCCGCCAACGGCACCCUGCGCUUCGCCUUCGACCAGUACGCCUCGGUCCGCAACCCCAACCGCGCCGCCUUCUCCCACUACGACAGCACCCUCCAGCUCGUCUACGCCGGCAACCAGGUGGGGUUCAUGUUCAUCCCAGCCGGUCAGAUCGCCGGUGGCCGCACCCAGUACAUGGCCGCCUCCUUCGCCGUCGACUCCUUCCCGCUGGCCGCCGUCCCGCCCGCCCCCGGGGGAACGGUCGAGGUGAAUUCGAGGAUGAGGGUCAAGGGCCGCGUCCGGGUCUUGCGGUUCUUCACGCACCACGUCGAGGCCGUCGCCAACUGCCGCGUCAGGGCCUCCUCCGCCGACGGAUCCGUUCUAGGGUUCCGGUGCUGAUCGCGCCCAAUCAGGAUCAAGGUCAAGAUCAAUUCAAAUUACAGGCAAGAAAACAAGAGCCGAAAAGGAGAGGUUAGAUUAAUUGUUGCUAUUUUUUGUUUGUUCGUAACGUCUUCAUUUCUCGCUCGCUGAUAAAUACCGAUUUGUGUGUUUUCCGUUUC